AUGCGCGGUUGCCGUUUUCGGCUGGCCCCCGGGGAAUUCCCCCUUCGGGGGUGCUUCUAAUCAAGCGAACGAUCAAUCGAACUGGAAUUGAUGACGUGCUGCUGCUCGUUAUUGGCGCAUUAAAAUUCUCCCCGUGUGUGCCUCACGUGCCAUUUCCGGUGCGGCUGUGAGUGCGUGUACGUGUCCUCGAGCACGGUGGGCCUUCCGAGUCUCCGAAUGAUUGCACGGUGGCAAAGAAAAUCGUUACUGCCAAAGCGAGUGGUGAAGGCCAUCAAAUGAAUGGUGCAGUUAGUGGUGUACAAGAGCGUUGUGUUGUGUUGUUCAGGCUGGAAUUUGAGACCUUGAUCGACUGUAGAAGUGUCCGGAUUUCUCUGCCAACAUGUAGCCGGCUGAUUUGAGUUCUAUCUCAGCCUCUUUAGGAACCGUUUCUCUUCAGAAUGCCAAAAGAUCUCAUAUCUUCUAAAAAGCAUCCAAAAAAUCUUCUUCAAACGCGACUGAAUCCUCACUCCAAAGCCUACUUCUUGACCUCUUGUCCCACUGGUGAACUUGAACUUGAACAUCCCACCCUUAGGCUUUGAUGUGCAGACGCCACAUCCAUUCGUUCUUCUAGCCCUAAUAAAGCCACCCGUUCUUCAGAUGAUAUAUCUUGAAAGGGAUGGGCUUUGCGGCGCGGAAAGUGUUUGCUGCCGUCGGUCGCAAAUUAUCGCUCCCGAACAAACCACCACCACCACCACAACAACAACAGCACCAGCUAUCGUUUUCAGUACCGGAGUGGCCUCCACCAAGCUAGAGCCGGUUGAUGGGCUAAUUUUCGACUCAGAUCCCAUUCUGCCUGUCCUGCCCGCCUCCGUACCGUUUCAACCGAUCCCACUGAACGAAAGCGACUAUGAUCCGAACGUGCUUGCGGAGCUGUCCAAUCUGCUUCUGAGCCACAGUCUGACCGAUACGUUCGAGCCCAUCGUAAGCAACGCACUGCCGGUCGAUCAGCCGGCCACGAACGAUUCCGGUCGGGUUGAAGCGGCCACAGCACUGCCCACCGUCGGCAGCGGCAAUGAGCAGCGCUGCGGCCGACGGCAACAUUCCGUCAGCAGUCGCAUCUUCUUCCAGGACGAGGAAGGGGACGGCCUUAGUCAGGCCGUGGCCGGACCGGUCGGUUUCAGCGAGUUCCCCUGGACGGUGGCCAUCCACCAGCUCAUCCGGAACGGUUCGUACGUGUACCACUGUGGAGGGGCGCUCCUCAACCGAAGCGUCGUCGUGACAGCGGCUCACUGUGUGUCGAACAACCGCUUGCACCCGAAUCGGUUCGUUGUGUACGCUGGCGACUGGGACCGGCGACACACACAGGAACGGCUGCCACACCAGGAGCGAACCGUCAGUAGGGUCCUGGUACACCCGAACUACUACUCCGGCGCACUGUUCAACGAUCUCGCGCUACUGUUCUUCACCGAACCGUUCAACGACACGGUAGCGAACGUGGAACCAGUGUGUCUGAGCAGCGCCUCUGGCACGGACUACAUCCCCCCGGACAACUGUUUCGUGACGGGAUGGGGUGGCUCCCCGAAAGGCAAUCGGGUGCAAAGCAUCCAGCAGUACAGCAAGCUACAGCUGGUCGAGCGCCACCGGUGCGAAACGCAGCUCCGAAGUUUGCCAACGCUUGGUUCCAAGUUUAAGCUCCACCAAAGCUUCGUCUGUGCGGCGGCCGACGGGACGGAUGUUUGUCAAGGAGCGGGCGGCAGUCCGUAUGCCUGUGAACGGGACGGACGGUACUACCUGGUCGGCAUCGUUUCGUGGGGCGUUGGCUGUGGCGACGGCAUUCCCGCCGUACUGACCAACGUGACGGAACUGAGGGAAUGGAUCAGCCGGCAGUGAAUUGGUGGCUUUGUUCGUUUCUAUACCGUUUAGCUGUUUUUAAUGUCGAAGGCAAGCAUACCAAAUUAAAAUUGUCUUUAUUGUACGUAAACUUUUGACUGUAAGCUAGUGUUUAAAAAUAAAACAAAUGCAAUAAACUUUUAAAACCAAA